AGGUAACGGAUUUUUAACCUAUGCAGUAUACAUUUGAAUAGGUAACAGUUUGUAUCUCAUUUACAAGAUAUAUUACAGGACGAUAAAGAGAUACUGUACUGAAAGACGUAAGACUGAGUUGAAUAAAUUAAAGAAACAAUUAAGAUUUUAAGAUAAAGUAAUAUAUAAGAAAGUAAGGUUAAGCGUCUAAGAAUGUCGGCAGAAGAACAACCAGACUUGCGUCUCGGACCGGAUUCUAAUGUCACUUAUCCGAUUCAAGUACAAUAUUGUGGAAAUUGUUCUCUUCCUAUCGAGUACUGUGAAUAUUAUCCAGAAUAUGAAAAAUGUAAGCAAUGGCUAGAAAGAAAUUUACCAACAGAAUUUGAGAAAGUUAAAUUGGAAGUGGAAGAUAAUACCACGGAGGCAGGUGGAGGCGAAGAUGAAAAGAAACGACAGAAACGUGGCGGUAAAGGUAUGCUCAAAACAAAGAAAAAGGAAGAUGUUCCAAAAUUAGUAACUGUAUCUAGAGCACCUAGAGGAAAAAAGAAAUCGGUCACAGUUGUAACUGGUCUUAGUACUUUUGAUAUAGAUUUAAAAGUAGCUGCCAAAUUUUUUGGUUAUUACUUUGCAUGUGGCUCAAGCGUAACAGGAGAUGAUGAGAUAGUUAUACAAGGAGACGUAAAAGAUGACUUGUUUGAAGUAAUUCCAGAUAAGUGGCCACAGAUCGAUGAAGAUUCUAUAGAUGAUCUUGGAGAUCAGAAAAGAUAAUGGGCCAAUUUUACCUGCUAUAUUUAAUAUUAUACCUAUUUCUAUUUCCGUUUAUUACAAAUAAAAUGUACAUAACAUAUAAUAUGUACAUAUCAUAUAAAUUGUUUUAAGAAGUGUAAA